UCGCCAAGGCACCGAGCUCUGGCGAGCACGCAAGGAGCAGUUGCUGCGCCAGAAACGCCACGAGCAAUCGCAGUUGCGUCGCAUGCUGGCCAAUUACUGGCCGUGGGGCCGAGCCGGGGCCGGUGCGCCCUGCGCCGCGAGCCUACGCAAGAGGAACAUUCCACUGGACCCGUCUACGCAGCAACAGCAGCAGCGAUGCCCGCUUCAAUUCCCACAGAGCUGGCCAGGAGGUGAGCCGACGUCGACGGAAAAUAAUGCGAGUAUCGAUCCACGCUGGGAGCACAGUGAUGAGAUAAAUUGCCAUUGCAAUUUUUGCAAAAGCAGCCUCGUACGGCCGCCUCGAGCGUCGCAGCAGCAGCAGCUCGGCAACUCGGCUCAUCGGGUCCAUCCGUUUCAGAGCGUCAACGCCAACAAACACGGCUACACCAUCGACUCCUGGAGGACCGAGAGCUCCGCCAGUAGAGAUUACAUUACCGACUUAACCGAACAGAUUCGCGCUAAGGAGAUGAAGCAAAUGGAGGAGCGUCGCAGGGAGGGCGAGAGCUGCCGCCAACACAUGACGACGUGGCAGCGACUUUGGGGCAGACCCGGUCACGGAGCGCCCAUCGAUCCGUUUCAGAUACGCCGAAAUAACUUGAACGACAUUCUACAUCGACCGUCGUGAAUGCAACAACGCCGUAUCGCGUAGUAUUGGUAUAGAAGUAGUACCUGCUGCUGCUUCUGCAGCUGUACAGUGGCACGUGUGUCUCGUUUUAGCCUUAUAUAGCUCGCUCGAGCAGUACUCGAGCUCUCGUCCGCAGCACGACGAUAUCUUGGCGCAGCGUCGAAAGUAGAUGUUUUAUUGGCACCGCCUGUGCAUCGCAGCCGUUCGACGUACUUCGAUGUAUCGGCCUUGUCGAGCAACAAAAUAACAAACCCACGA